AUGAAGCCCCCAACCCUCAGCACUCUCUUCGCCCUAGCCUCGUCAGCCUACGCGGCGGCUGUGCCGUCCCAUCUCCAGGACGUGCUCGCUGACCCAGCUAUCCUGAAAGUCAGGGUUCCCGGCCACAACCGCGCAUACUACACCCAAGUCGAGGCAAAGGACCAACUCUUCGAAGUCCGCGAACUAGUAAUAUACCCAGAUCCCCCUGCACCAAACUCGCACAUCUUCGUCUACCUCGACGGCUGGAUCUCCUCACGCCAUCUCGCAGGCCUCGAAAACGCCACUAUCAGCAUCUCAGGCGCAUGCCUUACACCCUACGAUGGAGGAGAGGGCAAACUCAGAGUUGAAACGGCUCAUGGUGAGACACGGAAACGAAUACGGCGGUCCAUUGACCUGGGAUUACAACGAACUGCUCUGGGAUAUGUUUUACUGGUAUUGGCCGGAGCAUGUAACGGCGAAGUGGGAUUGCUCGGUGGAAGUGACGGCUAGAUUGCCGGAUGAGAGGGUGCUGUUUAGUUAUGCGCAGGAUUUUACGGUGAGGUGGCCGCCUUGUCAUGGGGGAGCGAGGGGAGGGUGACGUGAUUUUGGGGAGUGCGGAUGGGAGGAGGAGGUUGCGUAGAUUGCGUCAUGCAUAUAGGUCUUGUCACGGGUAUGGAUACUAUCUGGACGGGUAUUAGAUAGCGCUUUUUGAUUCUUGAAAGGUAGGAUUAUGUUUGCUGUAGGUCUUUUCUUUCUCGUUUUACGCCGCGAGGAAUAGGUAGUUGAAAAGAAAAGCCCACUCGCUG